AUGGCGUUGGGCGUCUGGCGCGGUGCGCGGUGCCUGCUGGUUGGCAAAGACUGCCGCACGCCCGACGCCGCUUGCACCCGCUUCACGCCUCACGUUCGCGCCUUCGCAAGGAUAAAACGCGUCGUUGGGGGAAAGGACGUCGCUUGUGGCACCCAACUCCGGGCGGCAUCUCUGAGGAAUUCGUCAAAUUCUCGUCAUUUAUGUGGUGCGACAAUAUUAUCGCACAACAACGCCAUCACCGCAGCACAUUGCGUUCAAAAUGAACCGGACUAUUACUUCAUGCAAUUGAAUAAUUUCUGUUUUAAUACCCAAGGUGUACCUAAGACUCCGGUACUGAAAAUUACUAGACACGAUUUAUAUGAACCAUCCUCUCACGUACACGACAUAGCCGUCCUACAAAUAAAGCUCAAUUUCACAUCGUUCAACGCGACUAUAUUACCUAACUCCUCUUUCGGUGUAUCAGGCAAGUGCACAAUAUACGGGUACGGAUACAAAGACGUAGAGAACAAAGGAACAACGGAAACUUUGCAGUCUGCAGAAGUAAAACUUAUUUCAUUAGACGAAUGCACGUCAUCCCUUGGGCCAUACAUCGCCCCACAACCCGAGGGCGGGAUGAUUUGCGCUAUUGGAGAUGGCGUAGACGCUUGCCAGGGUGAUUCGGGAGGACCACUCAUAUGUUCAGGCUAUAUCCAAGGCUUAAGUAGUUAUGGACUUGGCUGCAAUAUUCCUGGAAAACCCGGUGUCUACGUUAGUACUGGUGCUCAUUUGACAUGGAUAAUGCGUGUGAGUGAGGAGAAUUAA